AUUCAUCACGAUGCCAACUGGAAAGUAACUAUUGCAGUUUCCUCACGAACACGAUGAUUAUUCUCCUUAUACUUAUUGCUUUCGCAGAUUCAUCGUCAAGUGACAUCUUUUACGUAACACGUUCGGGCCUUAACCGAGAAACAUGCGGGAGUAGAUCUAUACCGUGCCUAACUAUUCGCUAUACUCUAUCACUUUGCAAUAGCGAUAAAUUAUAUACUAUCAGAGUAGAUGGUUCUUGGAACGAAUCGUAUCUUUACGAAGAAUGCAACACGCCAUACUCAAUAUAUAAUCAAUCUAUUAAAAUAGAGGGAUGGAGAGGAGUUCCUACUAUUGGCUGCGAUCAAUUCGCCGCCGAAGAUCGAAUAUUUGCAUUUAAUAAGUCAAAUAUAAUUUUAGAGAACAUUCGACUUUUACACGGAAAAGUCUUAAUGAGUGAUUCAACAAUUAAAUUUAAAGAAGUUGAUUUUCAUAAUACAAGCUUUCUUACUAGUCAACUUUGUAAUGAAUUGAAUUUUAGUAUGGAAAAUUCAACAAUGAGGAAACCUUUUAUAAAACAUUGUGAAAAGAUAACGUCUUGUCUAACUUUAUCAGAUUAUAUUAUCUACUGCAAAAAUCUCAAAUUAUCAAUAACGAAUAGUCGUAUUCACGAUACGAAAUUACAAAUUAUCGGACAUAAUAAAACGGAUGUAUACAUCGACUCGACCUAUUUUGAGAAGGUAUUAAAAUAUCAAGAAACUGAUCUUGGUGGACUGGAUCUUAAUGUGUCACUUUGCGGUUCUAAAGUUCUUAUAAAAAACUCAGUCUUUAAAUCUCAGAGACAUCGUAAUCCUUUCAAAGGUGCAAUAAAUAUGAAUAAGGCCACAUUAAGUUUUAUUGGUAACCCCAGCGAAAAAAGGCUUCUGAAAGAGAAAUGCGAGGAGUAUACUAUUCCUAUAGUUGAAAAUUGCUUAUUCGAGGAUAAUGAGAGAGCAAUUACGAUAACUUACGAAUUUGAAAAAAUUAUUAUAUCCCAUACAAAGUUUCUAACAAACCAAGUAUGGCAUGCUGGCGCUGCUAUUAGAAUUGCCCCGGGACCGAAUAGCCUCAUUCAAGUGGAUAAUUGCGAUUUUAUUAAUAAUCAAGGGGGUCUAGCGUUCUACGACAAAGAUGCCGAUAUUGGUGGACAAAUAAAAGUAAAUGGUAGAAGAGUCGAAUUAAACUGCUCUGAUUACCGAGCUGUAAUUGAUUUAGCGGGAAAAGGAGGAGCAAUUUGGAUAGCCACUGGCGUUUUAGCUUUGGAAAAUUGUACUUUUUUAAAUAAUACUUCCAGUCUCUUAGGUGGAUCUAUUUUCGUCGAUGACGCUGCUGCCUUAUCCUUAAAAGGAUGUAGAAUUGAAAAUUCCGAUUCAGAUCUUCAUCCUCAGCAGGGAGACAUGGUUUAUUCAAAUGGAAAAGUGAAAAUCUCGAGUACAGUUUUUAAAACAAAAACGGCUCAUAGGCACGUACCAGUUAUCCUACUCUUUGGCAAUUAUUAUUGGAGUAUAGACGUAAAAGAUCUCUAUUUUGAAUGUCCUACUGGCCAAAGCGUUCUUAUAAUCAACGCUUCAUCCUAUCAAGUCCAUCGUACUGGCUUAAAAACGUCUCAUCAACUGGAUCAACUGACUUAUUAUUGUCAGACGUGUGACGAAAAUCAGUAUUCGGUUGAUGUCGGCUCUUUAAAUUAUUCAGUUUCGAGUAAUCAAUCGGAUUUAUUGUAUGACGCAAUAAGAAUUGAUUCGGAAACUCCGAAACAGACCCACGCUGUACACUACGAAUACAAGGAUGUUACCUGUCAUAAUUGUCCGUUUGGAGGUGAUUGCUCCCGACAUAUAAAAGCUAUACCAAAUUUUUGGGGCUACAUUGUUAAAGGGAAGGAAGUAGUUUUUCAACAUUGUCCUCAAAAUUAUUGUUGUUCUAAUCUACCGUGUAGUUCAAUGUCAGAAUGUGCACCUUUCAGAGAAGGUAUAUUAUGCGGUAGAUGUCGUCAAGGCUACAGCGAAGGUUAUUUUUCCACCUAUUGCCUAUUGAAUAAGGAAUGUACGAAAUGGUGGACGAUAACCUUAGUGGUAGGUCUACAGAGCACAUUCGUUGUCCUACUCACUAUACUACUACUAUUUCACGAAGAUUUCGAAGAUUUUAUCAAGUCGACAUGCUGUAAAAGGAAAAGUUCCGUUUUAAAAAUUCCAUGCGAAAAUCACAUCGAUCUAAAUGAUGAUACAGAGCCAUUAAAUAUCUCUAAAAAGACUAUAACAUCUAUGCAGAUUGGUGAGAGUAGCGCUAGCGAGGAGCUACUAAGGAAGGAUGAAUCGAUUAACGAUAAGAACGGAUUAUUGAUAAUCUUUGUUUAUUACUUGCAAGAUGCAUGGUUGCUCCAUAUAGACACAGUUUACACAAAUUUUACUAAGGGAUAUCUUAAAUAUCUUAAAAAUAUGCUUAGCGGUUUCUUUCAUCUUCGAAUCGAUAUAUUAUUCAAUUUUCUAGAAGAUUUUCUUGGAAGAAUAUGCCCCAUAAAAGAUUUAACACCCAUUUUAAAAGUCUCCUUACUCUCUGUAGAUAUUCUUGGAUUCUUCAUUCUAUUCUUGUUUCUUUUUAUUAUAUCAAAAUUGUUGAAAAAUUCUGGGACGGUUACUGGUUCACGGCGUUCCUUCAAAACCAGACUAACAAAGGCUUUUACAGUAUUUAUACUCUUCAUCUUUCAGAAAAUGACUAUUACUGCCUUUAAGUUUUUAAAUUGUAUAGAUAUAAACGAUGAAAAAGUCUUAUUUAUUGACGGAACUGUAAAAUGUUAUCAGCCUUUCCAACUUGGAAUAAUAGGCUUAGUGACACUAUUUAUUAUUCCCAUACCUUUAGUCAUCAUGUUCGGUCCGAGACUAUUGAAAGAAAAAUUAAUUAGUCUUGGAAGUUUCUUCUUUGGUUGUUUAUUUCCUCUUCCAACUUUUGCUAUUUGGAUCUAUAAAUACCGGAAACAGAAUGCAACUGUUAAAGUAUCUCCGGAGAGCGAAGCUUUGCUGGAUUUACUGCAAUCUCCAUUUAAACAGUUUGGAGCGACAUGUUGGAGUGGUAAAUUAAUGAUUGGACGUUUACUUUUGAUCCUAUUCUAUUCUUUUAUAAACAAUUCACUCUACAGGCUUUUAUGUAUGUUAAGCUGCUGCUGUGUAACGUUUUGGUAUAUUGUUCAAUCUAAUCCGUAUACAACUUCUAAGAGUAAUACCGCAGCCAUCUUAUCAUCAGCAGCAUUAGUUGCAGUAGCAGGAAUAAACCUGGUGAAGGCAGGUUUCGAAAGCGCUGAAUAUCAUCCCCAAGGUCCUAAUUGGCUACUAGUAACAGUAUUUGAACAAGUUGAAAAUAUUUUAUUAGUGUGGUUUCCUCUGUUAAUAAGUGGCUUGACAAUACUGCUGAUCAUUUGUAAAUUAUUAUCAUGUAUAAUGUGCAGAAAAAAACGAGUUUAAGGUGGACAUCAUAGCAUAUAUGUGAGUGAUUAUAUAUACUGCAUAAUGUUAUUUUUAGAUAUUUAAAUACUAAAAUAGAUCAAUCAUUAAUAUCAAAAUAUGAAUAGGAUGAUCACAUUCAUGUGUCUAUGUUUUCAUCAAUUAUUAAUUUUAAAAAUUAUUUUUUUUAAAAUAAAAUCAAUUCUCUUAACUCUCUUUCAU